AGCCACUGUAAAGGAGCCCCAGUCACCACAGCAAGUCCUAGACACAACAGCAGGUCACGCAGACGGCACAAUGGCACUGAGCACUCAGAUCCGGGCUGCCUGCCUCCUGCUCCUCUUCCUCACCAGCCUGACCACAGCCUCCAGCCUCCAGCAACAGGCAGGACAGCUUGCCGAGCGCCAACCCCAGUACACAGCUGUGGCCAAAGCCGACUGGACGCCCGGGAGCCAAAGGCUGAGGAGGCGAGACACCCACUUCCCCAUCUGUGUUUUCUGCUGCAAAUGCUGUAAAAAUUCCCAGUGUGGAAUCUGCUGCAAGACGUAGAGUCUUCCUGCCCUGAACCCCCAGGCCCCACUCCCUCCCUUAUUUAUUCCUGUUGCCCUCUAAUCAUGGUCUUGGAAUAAAAUGUCUGGUUCUUUUGUUUUUCAAA